AGCUUACACAUAAAGUCUCGCGGGAAGUUAGGGGUGAACGAGAAACUCCGAGACUUGAGACAGAGGGAGAUUUGAAACUUUGUUUUGCGGGAGGAGGCGACAAGAAAUCACGAAGAAAUCGCUUCUUACCCCUGAUAGCUAUCAAUAAAAGGAGUUUGCAGAAACCAUGCCACGUCGCCGGAAGAAAACAGGCGACCAGAAGCAUCCACUGAUGUUUACGGAGAGCCCAUGUGAGGGACCCCGGCAUGACAGCACGCUGGUGUUUGCCGCACACAGCCCUGUCACAGCUGAUAUCGUCAUGGUGGACCCGAAUGACACAUCAUCAUGGGUUUCCCCCCAGUUUCGAGCCAGCCAGAUGGCCUGCAGUGAACCCAAACGUAGGAGGCGGGGAGCCAAGAAGACGUCCAACAAUCAAAGUGCUGUGGUCGGCAGGCGGAAACAAAAUCCAACUGGACAAGAAAACAUCAGCACUGUACAAACAAAUGAUGUCCGGACGAAGUUAAAGUAUGGGAUUCUGAAGUUUGAAGGAGAACAAACGUACACUGACUUUUCUUCAAGUAACGACAGUACGCUAGAAGAACUGGACAUAUCAGAGGAAGAGGAUGACCCAAAAUGUCAAGAAGAAGAACAAGUUACACCAAACAGAAGGCAUGAUGAAAAAAACAGAACUAACAGAGAGCCUCUCCUUCCCCCCAAAGACUGGACUGACAAACUGAACACAGCUGCCAGGGAUAUUUUGGUACAAGACACUCCUGUUGGUUGUUAUGGCAUGAAAGCUAGUGCGCAGAGAAGACAGGAACUACUACGCGCAAAGACAUUCCAAACCAUAGAAUAAAUCUGAGAUUGCUCAAUAGAUUGUCAGAUGAGGAAAGUAUUGAUAACAACCAUAUUUUGUGAAAAAUAUUGUAAUUACGAGUAAUAAAUUAUAAAGAGGGCAAAGUGUGUAAUCAGCAAUGAAUUUUAAAAGUGAUGAUUUUGUAUUACUGGGUUCAAUUUAAUGAGCAUGUAUUAAAUCUGAUAUUUGAUUGUGUCUGUGAUUGUGUCUGUUAUCUUAAAUAACAGUGGACUUGAUGUAAUUUCAUACAGGGCAGGAUAUAAAAGCAAAAUAAACCAUGCCUUCAGGUCACACAAUAAAAGUCCAUUAAACUGACUGUAGA